UGACCUCUGCCCGGCGGCCGCGCUCGUCGGGGCCAGGGGCGGGGUCGAUCCCUCCGGCUUCCCGCUUCCCGCGGGGAACAACAAUGAAAGUGAAAGGGGUGGGGCGGGGGCGAGCCCGGGCUCUGUGGCCCAUUUGCCCUGUGGCCUUGAGCAAGCCCCUCCCCCAGGCCUCGGGGGCUCUCCCGGUUUGGGGGAACCCGGCGAGGCAAUGCCGCAGGCCCAGGGUCAGAGGGGGUGGGCAGUUGGAGCCGCCGCUGUGGCCAGGUCUGGAACUUCUCAGACGGCUCCUGUCAGCGCCAAGUUUCACCAAAUCCAGGUCUGCGGGCUCCUCCCCCAGGACCCCCCACUCGCCGUCCCUCAUGCCUGUGCUCCCGGAAAGGCACUGGGUGACCGCACCCGUGACUUUCUCUGGGGGUCCGAGUCCCAGACUCCCCUCAGCACAGCAGAGCGCCUCCCUGCCCACCCGCGGAAACGGCCCCAGGAUGCAGCACCGAGGCUUCCUCCUCCUCACUCUCCUCGCCCUGCUGGCGCUCACCUCCGCAGUGGCCAAAAAGAAAGACAAGGUGAAGAAGGGCGCCCCGGGGAGCGAGUGUGCGGAGUGGGCCUGGGGGCCCUGCACCCCCAGUAGCAAGGAUUGCGGCGUGGGUUUCCGCGAGGGCACCUGCGGGGCCCAGACCCAGCGCAUCCGGUGCAGGGUGCCCUGCAACUGGAAGAAGGAGUUUGGAGCCGACUGCAAGUACAAGUUUGAGAACUGGGGUGCGUGUGAUGGGGGCACAGGCACCAAAGUCCGCCAAGGCACCCUGAAGAAGGCGCGCUACAAUGCCCAGUGCCAGGAGACCAUCCGCGUCACCAAGCCCUGCACCCCCAAGACCAAAGCCAAGGCCAAAGCCAAGAAAGGGAAGGGAAAGGACUAGAGGCCAAGCCUGGAUGCCAAGGAGCCCCUGGUGUUACAUGGGGCCUGGCCCACGCCCUCCCUCUUCCAGGCCCGAGAUACGACCCACCAGUGCCUUCUGUCUGCUCGUUAGCUUUAAUCAAUCAUUCCCUGCCUUGUCCCUCUCACUCCCCAGCCCCACCCCUAAGUGCCCAAAGUGGGGAGGGACAAGGGAUUCUGGGAAGCUUUAGCCUCCCCCAAAGCAAUGUGAGUCUCAGAGCCCGCUUUUGUUCUUCCCCACAAUUCCAUUACUAAGAAACACAUCAAAUAAACUUUUUUUCCCCCCAAUAAAA